UCUACGGUUCCUUGCGAUAAGAGGUUAUUGUUAUUAUUUCGAAUUUAUUUACCACCUGUCUUGACAAAUUUUUUUAUGGAUAUAAAACUUUUAUGCUUAUUCGUUCAACAACUUAUGUCUCAUCAUAAUCACUAAAAUACCUGUAAGCAACAUGACCAUUGAUUUGCCACCAUAUGUGGUAUGCAAUGCCACAAAUGCACAUGGUGGCCUCAUGAGAUAUGCGUAGAUCUUACUGCAACUGUUUGCAAUAGACUCAACAAAUUUGAUGACAGGUGGGUAAUGGACACAAGUAAUAUAAAUUUUGAGGACACGCUAAGUAAUAUAAUCAGUCUUCCUACCGGAUUGAGGGAAAUAUUGUCAAUAGCUCUGAAAGAAAUCAGGUCCAAAACGUAUAGCCAACGAAAGAUAAGCGGCGGGCUCCAACUCCACUUGAGAUAUAUUGUAACUCAUCACAUCAACAUCAAUGGUGUUAGAUUACCUUGGCAAGCUUCCGUCUCCUAGCUUAAACUCUCCAAAUGCAACUGUGGUGUCUAGGAUGACUACCGUAGACGACUAGACCCCCAUAAAUAGCGUUAGAAACUUCAGCAUUGAAAGUCAUUAAAGCCUAGGUCUUGGAGAAAUUAUUCAGUGGUUCGACUAUAUAAUAUACUACCAAGGUUGUCUUACCGUAAAACAAAAAGGACUCCGACCUCUACGUACCCAGAGACCUAGGAAAUCAAUCAAGGUUCAUGAUAAUCCCUUAAUAGUCAUGAAUCUAGGGGACUGCUCUGAUAUAUUCCUCAGUUUACAAGACAAAGAUGAUAGGAUGUUUUCGGAUGAUCUAAAUAAAAAGCUCGAGUUUCUCAAAAUUAAACUAACAACGGUCGUACAACGUACCCGAGGCAAGGAUACGAAGCUGCCGUGACAUCGCGUUACAUUCGCUAGUGCUGACGGCGUGGUGGAUAUUUUACUUGUCAGUUAAUUGCUCAAAUCUGUAAGGUAUAUGAGAUUGUUGUAGGAAAUUCAAACUUUGUAACCCACGUCCGCCAGCAUCCUCUACUACCUUUCCCCAUAAUGUGACGUGGUCAGCAUGACGUAUCACUAAAGGUUGGGCGACAUCAAAUAUAAAUAAGUACGGAUCUAGCUCCGAGCUCUGUCGCUCUAAUAAGUACAGAUCUCCAAGAAUGGAUUUUAAAGUUGCUUCGUACUUUUGAUCGAUCGUCAACCAGAAACUCAGUCUAGGUUUGGUACGGCUAGAAAGCUUGGAUAACCUGUGUUGUUCCUGAUUAUGGUCUCUCACUUCUUCCCACUUCUAAUGCAUUGACAACGUUUUGUAGCAAGGAGUUUCACUAGUUGAUGAUUUGAUGUGAAAGUUGGUAGUCAGCUGACAAGUAAUUGGUCAUGACCUUGUGGAAUUUAUUGGGAUGUCCUCGUAAAUUCUUCUGUAAGACGGGAAAAUGUGUACUUUAGAUGGGAAAUUAUUAUUAAGCAGAUUAAAGAUAGUGAUUAAGUCAUGUCUAAUCCUUUUGUAUUACAAAGGGUAAUAGGCUUUGUUCAGCCAGCCUCUUAUGCACUGACUGCGAAACUACCUUAAGGCUCUCAACUAGACACUUUUCCAACCAGACAACUUGGGGCAAACCCAUGCGGUUUGUUAGUGUCCAACUAUAAAAAUAUUUAUCCAUAAAACAAAGUUACCGCUCGUCCCAAUAUAUUCAACUUGGAUAACAGCCCGUUGUAUGAGACUGUCAAAAGCUUUGUUGAAGCCAAUGAAGGCUAAAUCUAUAAGCAGCUUUUGAUCUUUCAUGUCACACUAACAUACUCGUGUUACCAAUAAGUUGGUGAGAUAUGAGUAAACUAUAAUUAAAAAAAUUGCUUUUCAAAGGAAAUGAAAGGGGUGUAAUGCAACAGAAUCAAUAUAAACUGAAAGGAUUAUGGAUUUCUGCUCCGAAAGACUUAUCGCUCACAGGUGGUGUAAAAAAGUGAGAUUCUGAAACAGCGAUACAGCUGAAAUUAAAUGCCGGAGAUAAAGAUCUCAAAAAUAUGGGUUUUAGGGGGGUUGGGCUUCUGAAGCGAACAAUUCCGAAGCCGGUUUGGGUGCAGUACGAAUUCGUUUAAAUGGUUUUCAUGUUACGAAAAUGUUCAAAACUUGCUUAACAAAUCGUUACAACUCUGCGUACAGACAGACUCUAAUGAACUGUAUGUAGUCGCCGUGACGAUCGUGGCUAAUUCAGUCGAUAGAGUACGUGAGUUUGAGAAAUUCGAAUAAGAGGUGGUUAAAACCAAAAGCAUAAAAGGCGAGGGGUAACAUCAUAGCAUCUCUUUGACUGUUGUGGUUGUCAAUAUAUAGUUAGUGAUCUGGUUGUGUCCAUGUUUUCACUAAUUUCAGUCACAAUAAUUUCAAGUAUUUUUCGUUUUAAAUGAACCACUCAGUGUUGUAUACCACGAUAGCUUUUAUUUAUCUGAUCCCCGUUCGCAAAUACUUUUAAUGAAUCGGUUACUUUAUAUCAUGUGUUCAUAUGUAUUUAUUUAUCAAAUGAGAUGUCACCUCACUGUUUCCGUUAAAUUGUGUUAAUAUUCUAGUCUUUGAAUGCUUCUAUCAAGUGUCCGUUAUGGACGUUUCAUACCCUGGAAAUCAAUGCCCGGUAGUGUUUGGGGUGGUAAACAACGGAAAAUCCCCCGUUUAACUAAUGCGCGCAAAGAAGCGUUUUUGGAUGAGCUUCUUAUUUCUCGCCAAAACCAUAUGUACCUUCAGAAACCGUAUUUCAGUGAAGAAGUUGAAGCUGCUACUCUAGCUGAUGAGAAAAUGCGUGAAUUGCAAAUGGAAGAUAUGAUUUUCUAUGACCGAUAUGCUAAACAAUUCAAUCGUCGUUUUCCUACACGUAAUCUGGAAACAUUUUGGGAUAAAUUGUCAAAAACUAAACGUUAUGAUGUUUGA